UUAGAUGAUCUUACAUAUUUAUGUCAUUGUCCGAAGCAAGGUCACAGCCAGAGGUUCUCGCGAAAUAAAUCGCGUGACAUGAACUUUAUAUAGCUCGUAGGCAUGAAGAUCUGAAAUUCUCCCGCGGAUCUCCAAACAACGAAGCGAGCCGAAAAAGAAGAUUCGAGAAAAGGAAAAAAAAGCAAAAUAAACAUAUUGUGACCUCGGUGUGAUAAUGUGCACCUGAUGAAGUCGAUACAAUAUUCAUAGCGCUUUUAACUUUCGAACGCAUGUAACCACUGUAGACACUUCGUUUUCAUUAUCGUCACCUUUGCUGCGUCGUCUUGUGCAGAAACUUCUUCUGUCCCAACAUUGACAGGUGCUUAGACCGAUCGUGAUAACUACGAGGAAGCUCUUCGUUAAGGAACAACACAAGGAUUAUAUAAAAAUGAUGUAAUUCUUGAGCUUUUGCACGCGUGAUUUCUCUUUUCAAAAUUAAAAUUAAUAACUACCAGAACGGGAAAGCAAGUGCCGACCUAAGGUCAAGUGAGACCUAAAUUCUGGCUUAUACUAGGUGAAUUGAUACAGCAUCGUAAUAUUACUAAUGGAGUAAAAAAGGUUCGAUAAGAUUGUAAUCACAAUUAUUAUUGAAAUUUAGGAAGAAAAGCGCUAAACGAGUAUCCGUCAUGCCUGUUGCUAUAAUAAAGAAAAUCAUAAGGAUAUUAUUCGUCUUAAUACAGAAAAUCAUGAGGAUAUUAUUCGGUUCACUCGACCCCUUCUACAUAUUUAUUAUGAACUUUAUCUUAUCGAUGCCAUUCCUAAUACGUGACUUAAACGAAUGGAUACAUAAUGAGGAUGACGUGGAAAAAAAAGUACCAACUAAUUUACCGUAUGGUAGUUUCAACAAUUUCAUACAUCGUGUCAAUUAUGUUAUUAUAUGCUGCAUAAUUUUAUACUAUUUGGGGAGUUUUUGUUGCAUACUUAUAGUACUACUACUACAUUACUUAAAUAAUUUGUACAACCGGUUCUUUUGCCGUAAUCAAGAUAAUGAGCAAGCUGUCCAUUUUCAAGACGAUAGAAUUCAUUGGAAUGGACAAGCGAUUGUCUAUCCACAAAACUUGGCACGAGAGGAUGAACUUUAAUUCGGAAAGUUAACAUGAUGUUUUGCGCAUUAGUGCAAAGAGUCACAUAAUUGUAAUAUUGAUAAAGUUUCUUAAUGUUUCUUACGUUAAAUCCUUAUUCUCAAGUUCAAAUCAUUUAGACAACGCA